AUGCGAACCUUCAUGUCCGUGGGGCUUGUGGCCUUAAUCGCUUCUGGCGUCUCUACCCAGUCCACUUCGAACUUGUCGUCAGCCCCAGGGACCUCGUCCAUGCCGGCGGAGCUUGCAGCCAUCGUUGAGUGCAGCCCGACUCAGCUGGACGAAGCCCAGAUGAUUCUAACCUCAAACCAGCGUCAGAAGCAGUGCGAAACGACGCUGAAUCUAGAGCCCAACACGAUGCUACAGGUGACGACGGCCACAGCCACUAAGAUGUGUGACACUGCAUCCUGCAAGGCGUCGCUACAGGAGCUGUAUAACGAGCUGCCCAACUGCCGUUACAAUCUCUGGGGUCUGCAGUACUCGGCAAAGCAACUGCUCGAGUACUGUGGCAUCACACCGACCAAACUGACCGACUCAGAUGCUGGCAGCAGACCCGUUGGUUGGACUGUGGACACGGGUUCUACCUCGUUCGCGCCGGCGGGGGUAGACGAUACGUCUUCGACGAAGGGCAGUGGAACCGCUCCCAGCCUUGCGCCGGCCACGCCGUCGCCGCCGGAAUCAAGCGCUACGACAACAAUGACCACCAUUUUGGCUGCGUUAGUGACGACUGCAAGUGUGGUCGCUGCUCUACUAGCCUAA